CGCCUCUUUUAUGAUGUCUUUUAUAACGUUGAUCCCCAGAACUCCUGCGCGCCCCUAAGACUGCUUCCUCGUUUGGGAAGAAGUUAUUGGUUUCCUGUCGCCAUCCUAGCAAGAAACAUGAAUAAGAUUCCGGGAUGAUAUAAAGAUAUUUUGCAUUUCAAGAGACCAAAUGGAAGGAUGCAGAUCAGAUCUACAGGAGAAACCGGGUUUCUCUUCCAUAUUGAAGUCACUAGAAGAAAAUGCUGUGAGGUUCCUGAAGGACGAGCUGAAGAUCAUCACGAGGUACCUAGAUCAGAAUUACCCAGAAUGCUCUGAGCCCCAGCUGGAGGAGGACAAUGACCUGGACAGUGAUGGUCAGAUGCAGAAGACCUGUGGUAGAGAAGGAGCUCUGAAGAUCACACUGUACAUCCUGAGGACCAUGAAGCAAAAUGAUUUCGCUGACAGACUGGAGAAGAGGCGUCUUCUGUCACAAUGUCAGCGCAUAAUCAAAUGUACCCUGAAGCAGAGAUGUGAGAGUGUAUUUGACGGGAAAGUUAAGGAAGGACAGUCAACACUCCUCAGUGAGAUUUACACAGAACUCUACAUAACUGAAGGUGGGGCUGGAGGAGUCAAUGAUGAACAUGAAGUGAGACAGAUUGAAACAGCAUCCAAGAAAAGGCGAACAGAAGAUACUACAGUCAAGUGCAAUGAUAUAUUUAAACCCUUAUGUGGGCGUGAGACACCUAUCAGAACUGUACUCACUAAAGGGGUGGCAGGUAUCGGGAAAACAGUCUCUGUGCAGAAAUUUAUUCUCGACUGGGCAGAAGGAAAAGCAAACCAGGAUGUUCACUUCAUAUUUGCUCUUCCUUUCCGGGACCUGAAUUUGAUUAGGAAGGAAUACAGUCUGAUUGAACUGCUUCACCACUUUGUCCCUGAUCUCAAAUCAGUUGAAUCUUCUGAGCUUUUUAGGUACAAAGUCUUGUUCAUCUUUGAUGGUCUGGAUGAGUGUCACCUUCCUCUAUAUUUUCAGAACAAUGACAGCUGGUUUGAUGUAACAAAGAAAACGUCACUGGAUGUGCUGUUGACUAACCUCAUUAAGGGGAAUCUGCUUCCAUCCGCUCUCCUCUGGAUAACCUCCCGGCCAGCAGCAGCCAAUCAGAUACCUCCUGAGUGCCUCCACCGGGUGACAGAGAUACGAGGGUUCAGUGAUGCCCAGAAGGAGGAGUAUUUCAGGAGGAGAUUCAGUGAUCAGAGCCUGGCCAGCAGGAUUAUCACACAUGUGAAAUCAUCAAGGAGCCUCUUCAUCAUGUGCCACAUACCUGUGUUCUGCUGGAUUUCAGCCACUGUCCUUGAGAAGCUUUUUAGUGAAACUGACCGGGGAGAAAUUCCAAGCACUUUGACAGACAUGUACACACAUUUCCUGAUCUUUCAGACAAGUUUAAAAAAUGACAAGUACAUGAAAAAAAGUGAAGCCAAGCUUAAUAAAUGCUUUGAAUCUGGUAAGAAAUCCCUGUUAAAAUUUGGUAAGCUGGCUUUUGACAACCUUGAGAAAGGCAAUCUCAUAUUUUAUGAGCAAGAUCUGACAGAGAAUGGCCUUGAUGUCAGUGAAGCUUCAGUUCACUCUGGAUUGUGUACAGACAUCUUUAAAGAGGAAUAUGGGCUGUAUCAGGAGAAGGUGUACUGCUUUGUGCAUCUGAGCGUCCAGGAGUAUCUCGCUGCUUUAUAUGCGUUUCUAUCAAACUCAUCAGCUGACCUGCUGAAGACUUCAGUGGAUCAGGCAUUAAAGAGCAAGAAUGGACACUUGGACCUCUACCUCCGCUUCCUCCUGGGCCUCUCAACAAACUCCAGUAAGACUCUGUUACAAAGACUACUGGGGCCGACAAGAACCAUCUCACAUGAUAUUAAAGAAACAGCCCAAUACAUCAAGGGGAAAAUAAAGGACAAUUUAUCUCCAGAAAGGACCAUCAACCUCUUCCACUGUCUUAAUGAGCUGGGUGACAACUCUCUAGUAGUGGAAAUACAAAUAUACCUGAAUUCAGGACGUCUUUCAGCAGAAGACCUCUCUCCUGCACAGUACUCAGCUCUGGCCUUUGUGAUGCUGAUGUCAGAUGAGGAGCUGGAUGUGUUUGAUCUGAAGAAAUUCAUCAGAUCAGAUAAGGAACAUUGGAGGCUGCUGCCUGUGGUCAAGACAUCUAGGAGAGCUCUGUUGGACAGCUGUAAUCUCACAGAGAAAUGCUGUGAGGUGCUGGCUUCAGCUCUGAGGUCAAACCCCUCACACCUGAGAGAGCUGGACCUGAGUGACAAUGACCUGCUGGAUUCAGGAGUGAGGCUGCUCUCUGCUGGACUGGGGGAUUCACACUGUAAACUGGAGAUACUGAGGCUGCCAGACUGUAGAGUUACAGAGAGAGGCUGUUCUUCACUGGCUUCAGCUCUGAGGUCAAACCCCUCACACCUGAGAGAGCUGGACCUGAGCUACAAUCACCCAGGAGACUCAGGAGUGUGGCUGCUCUGUGCUGUACUGGAGGAUCCCAGCUGUAAACUGGAGAAGCUGAAUGUGGACCACGGUGGAGAGUGCAGGACCAGACCAGGCUUACAGAAAUACUCCUGCCAGCUGACGCUGGACCCCAACACAGCAAACAGACACCUGUCUCUGUCAGAGAGGAACAGGAAGGCGACAUGGGGGGCAAAGCAGCCAUAUCCUGAUCAUCCAGAGAGAUUUGGCCGGUGGCCCCAAGUUCUGUGCAGAGAGAGUCUGACUGGCCGCUGUUACUGGGAGGCUGAUUGGGAUGGAGAUGAUGCCCGGAUAGGAGUGACUUAUAAAGGAAUCGGGAGGAAAGGAGUGAGUGACUGUCUGCUUGGAUACAAUGACAAGUCAUGGAGUCUGUGGUGUGAUCCUGACAGUUACUCUGUCCGGCACAAUAAUAAACAGACUGUACCCAUACCCAUAGAGCCCUCAGGCUCCCGUAGAGUAGGAGUGUAUCUGGACUGGGAAGCUGGUGCUCUGUCCUUCUACAAAGUCUCCUCUGAUGGACUGAUCCUCCUGCACAGGGUCACCUCCUCAUUCACUGAGCCCCUGAGUCCAGCAUUUGGGGUUUAUCCAGACACCUCAGUGUCGCUGUGCAUGCUGGGAUAGCCCAAUGCCUGCUGGAGGAAUCGUUUUUACUGUAUUACAGUGUGACGUUGCUGGUUCGCCAUGGUAAAUCUCUGCUUUUUAACCUGUCUAAUCCUCUUUACUCUGAAAUGUAUGUUUGACAAAAAUAAAUGACGGGGUACUGUGAGCUGAGCAAACGUGUUAAAAACAUUUUCUCUCUGACUAAAAUCUAAUGUACAUGAUACAUAUGUAUGUCUAUAUAUUGUAUUUGCUACCUGUAAAAUGACCUUAAAGGCUUUCUGUUCUAUCCUAUUAAUGUUCUGCUUAAGCGGUGCCCAAAGCAUAACUGAGUAACAUAAUUAAACAGCACUCCGGUGAAUUAAAUUAAAAUCACUUUUCUACUUACAACUGAACAUAACUAAUUAGAUUAAGUCAGCUCAUACAAUAACCGUUUAACAGGAGACAUAACUGCUAAAGUAAAAAAAAAACACA